GGGCGCGGCGCGGCUCCUGCUCGGCGUCUCUCCUCUCGGUCCAUCUCCUUCUGCAUCUCCGGGCGACAUGGCUGCGGCGCUGAACGGGACCCUGGUGAACGGGCAGCCCGAGAAGGAGGCGCCCCCGACCCUGCCCCGCCCCCUCCGGAGCCUGCAGGUCCGCUUCACCCAGAUUUUCAUUAACAAUGAGUGGCAUGAGUCGAAGAGUGGGAAGAAAUUCCCCACCUUUAACCCUUCAAAGGGCGAGAAGAUCUGUGAUAUCGAAGAGGGGGACAAGCCUGAUGUUGACAAAGCCGUGGAAGCAGCAAAGGCGGCUUUCCAAAGAGGAUCCCCAUGGCGGCAAAUGGAUGCCGUGAGCCGAGGGAGGCUUCUCAACAAAUUGGCCGAUCUCAUUGAGCGAGACCGCGUGCUGUUAGCCACCCUCGAAACCAUGGACACAGGGAAGCCAUUUCUCCAAGCUUUCUUCAUUGACUUAGAAGGCUGCAUAAAGACGCUGAGAUACUACGCUGGGUGGGCUGACAAAAUCCAAGGAAAGACCAUACCAGUGGAUGACAAUUAUGCCUGUUUUACCAGACAUGAGCCAGUGGGAGUUUGCGGGGCCAUCACACCUUGGAACUUCCCUUUGCUGAUGCUGAUUUGGAAGAUGGCGCCCGCUCUCUGCUGCGGAAACACUUUGGUCGUGAAGCCUGCUGAGCAGACCCCGCUGACUUCCCUGUAUGUUGGUUCGCUAAUCAAGGAGGCAGGGUUCCCCCCCGGAGUAGUGAACAUUGUGCCGGGAUACGGCCCCACGGCGGGCGCUGCCAUCUCGACACAUCCCCAGGUGGACAAAAUAGCCUUCACCGGAUCAACAGAGGUUGGGAAGCUGAUCAAAGAAGCGGCUUCAAAGAGUAACCUGAAGAGAGUGACGCUGGAGCUGGGUGGGAAGAACCCGUGCAUUGUCUGCGCAGAUGCUGACCUGGACCUGGCCGUGGACUGUGCGCACCAGGGCGCCUUCUUCAACCAGGGCCAGUGCUGCACGGCGGCCUCUCGGGUCUUCGUGGACGAGCGGGUCUACCCGGAAUUUGUCCGGCGCAGCGUGGAAUAUGCCCAGAAGCGGCUGGUGGGAGACCCCUUCGAUGCCAAAACCGAACAAGGGCCACAGAUCGACCAGAAACAGUUUGAGAAGAUCUUGGAAUUGAUAGAAAGCGGGAAGAAGGAAGGAGCGAAGCUGGAGUGCGGUGGCUUGGCGAUGGGGGGCUGCGGCCUGUUCAUAACGCCGACCGUCUUUUCGGAAGUCACCGACAGCAUGCGCAUUGCCAGGGAAGAGAUCUUUGGACCUGUGCAGCCUAUCAUGAAGUUUAAAAGUAUGGAGGAAGUCAUCCAGAGAGCCAACAACACAGAAUAUGGACUCACGGCAGCCGUCUUUACCAAGAGCUUGGAUACAGCACUGACAUUAGCAUCUGCACUGCAGUCUGGGACUGUCUGGAUCAACUGCUACAAUUCCCUCUUUGCAGAAGCUCCCUUUGGUGGUUUUAAAAUGUCGGGAAAUGGCCGAGAACUCGGCGAAUAUGCUCUGAGUGAAUACACCGAAGUGAAGACCAUCACCAUUAAGCUCUCGCAGAACACUCACUGAGCGAGGGAUACCCGGAGACCGAAAACUGACACUCUGAAUGUUGAUAUCUAUAGUAACUGGAUGGAUGGAGGGAGGGAGGGAGCGACAAUUUGGGGGAAAGUGAUAGUAGCGCUGCCUUUUCUUUGAAAACCCAACCACACCUUGUUGCGUGAUCCAGUUCCAAAGUCAACUUAACUGGCUUUCCAAAAUGCACAACGAGUGACGUUGUCGUCCGUCUCCUACAUAGCACACUUCAGUGGCAGGGGACCUUGAUCUCCAGCAGUGUGGCAGGAGAGCCCAUAUGGCCUUAAGAGACUAGGGUUAGAAAUCGUGGCAUCUUCCAGAUGUUGUCAAACUACAACUUCCUUACUCGCUUUUGACAAUCCAAGCUAGGAUGCCUUGGAGGUGUUUAUCAACAACAUCUGGAAAGUCGGAUGAUCCCACGCCUGCUGUGGAUCAAGGUAUUCCCGGUCAGAAGGGCCAAAUGUAUUCAGCAAAGCCCUGUGAACAAAACAACUCCAUGUGUUGUCGAAGGCUUUCAUGGCCGGAAUCACAGGGUUGGAACUCCACUUGCUUUUGCUAUUGUGUCUCACAUUCUCCAAAUUCCGUCAUCUCAAGUUGUUUAAACGAUCCAAGAAAUGGGUUACUGUGAGUUUUCCUGGCCAUAUUCCAGAAGCAAUCUCUCCUGACAUUUUGCCCACAUCUAUGGCAGGCAUCCUCAGAGGUUGUGAGGUCUGUUGGAAACUAGGCAAGUGGGGUUUAUAUAUCUGUAGGGCGAGAAAAAGAACUUAGCUGUUGGAGGUAAGUGUGAAUGUUGCAGCUGGCCAAUUUGAUUAGCAUUGAAUGGCCUUGCAGGUUCAAACCCUGGCUGCUUCCUGCCUGAGGGAAUCCUUUGUUGGGAGGUUUUAGCUGUCCCUGAUUAUUUCCUGUCAGCUAACACCACUCAGCAAAGAAUUCCCCCCCAGGGAGGAUGCAGCAAGGCUUUGAAGCUGCGAGGCUAUUCAGUGCUAAUUAAGCUGGCCAAUGGCAACAUUCACACUUGAGUUCUUUCUCCCACCCUGGAUAUUAUUCCAUAGAUAUAUAAACCCCACUUCCCUAGUUUCCAACAGACCUCACAACCUCUGAGGAUGCCUGCUAUAGAUGUGGGUGAAACAUCAGGAGAGAAUGCUUCUGGAACAUGGCCAUACAGCUCGGAAAACUCAAAGCAACCCACUGAUUCCGGCCAUGAAAGCCUUAGACAAGGCCAUGAAAGCCUUAGCACCAUUGGAAAGCGUAUGUUGGACUACAACUCCCAGGUGCUCUGGUUGGGGGACAAUGGGAAUUGUAUUCAAAAAUAUAUUAAAUAUCCUGAGCUUUGCAUCAAGAACAUUCCAUCCAGUUUGAAUGGCUGACACUUAGAAAUUGGCAUCGGAAGUUCAUUUUCUUUUCUGACCUAAAUGUCUUAUAACUUCUUACUGUAACAUAUAUAUCUCUACACACUGAAUUUUUCUACGUUGGAUAUUAAAAUAUCAUUAGGGCACUAAUUGUAAAGUAUCGUACAAUCCCAUAGAGCCUUUUAUAUUCUUUCAUUGCAUGUUAGUGCUUUUUUUUCUAUGUAUGAAAUAUUACUUCUAAAUGUUUUUAAAAUAUAUAUAUAAAUAUAUUUAUAAACUAGAACACAAUUAAUCUAAUGUAUUUUUUAUUGCUGAUUGUACAUGGAAAUGUUAUGUCUGUUUUUAAUUGGAAACUCUUGUAAUAUUAGCUCUACAAUUAUUAAUUAAAGAGAGAGUUUUGUGAUGAGCUUGAAA